GCUACGGACUCUCGCAAAAUGGCCACGUCCGACUCGAAAGCCCCUAUACGAACAGUGAAAAGAGUGCAGUUUGGGAUCCUUUCUCCAGAUGAAAUACGUCGCAUGUCAGUUACCGAUGGCGGCAUACGUUUCCCAGAGACCAUGGAAGGUGGUCGUCCUAAGCUUGGAGGACUUAUGGAUCCAAGGCAAGGUGUCAUUGAUAGAAAUUCACGAUGUCAGACAUGUGCUGGCAACAUGACCGAGUGCCCAGGGCACUUUGGCCAUAUAGAUCUAGCCAAACCUGUCUUUCAUGUGGGAUUUAUCACAAAGAGCAUAAAAAUUCUUAGAUGCGUUUGCUUCUAUUGUUCCAAACUGCUUGUCAGUCCCCACAAUGCAAAAAUUAAGGAAAUUGUAAUGAAGACAAAGGGACAACCACGCAAACGACUCACAUUUGUAUAUGACUUGUGCAAAAGUAAAAAUAUUUGUGAGGGUGGCGAUGAAAUGGACAUAAAUAAAGAAGGACAGGAGAUACAGACAGCUGAGAGAAAACCUGGUCAUGGUGGAUGUGGUCGAUAUCAACCAAACUUGAGAAGGUCAGGCUUAGAUGUUUCAGCUGAAUGGAAACAUGUGAAUGAAGACUCUCAGGAGAAAAAGAUAGUUCUUACUGCUGAAAGGGCAUGGGAGAUCCUGAAGCACAUUACCGAUGAGGAGUCAUUCAUCCUUGGUAUGGAUCCAAAAUUUGCUCGUCCAGACUGGAUGGUUGUAACUGUAUUGCCAGUGCCACCACUUUCGGUACGACCUGCUGUUAUCAUGUAUGGCUCAGCAAAGAAUCAGGACGACUUGACUCACAAAUUGUCGGAUAUCAUCAAGUCGAAUAAUGAACUCCUGAGGAACGAGCAGGCUGGUGCAGCUGCUCACGUAAUUUCCGAAAACAUUAAAAUGCUGCAGUUUCACGUCGCAACAUUGGUGGACAAUGAUAUGCCAGGAAUGCCAAGAGCUAUGCAAAAAUCUGGGAAACCAUUAAAGGCCAUAAAAUCUAGAUUGAAGGGUAAGGAAGGUCGGAUACGAGGAAACCUCAUGGGGAAACGUGUCGAUUUCUCCGCACGUACAGUUAUCACACCGGAUCCCAAUCUGCGAAUCGAUCAAGUUGGUGUACCACGCAGCAUCGCACAAAAUCUAACCUUUCCAGAAAUCGUGACACCUUUUAAUAUUGAUAAAAUGCAAGAACUCGUUCGCAGAGGAAACUCACAAUAUCCUGGAGCGAAAUAUAUUGUGAGAGACAACGGAGAGAGAAUAGAUUUAAGAUUUCAUCCGAAACCAUCCGAUUUGCACUUGCAGUGCGGCUAUAGAGUAGAAAGACAUAUAAGGGAUGGCGAUCUGGUGAUAUUCAAUCGUCAGCCGACUCUUCACAAGAUGAGUAUGAUGGGUCACAGAGUGAAGGUUCUUCCUUGGAGUACAUUCCGAAUGAAUCUCAGUUGUACGUCACCGUACAACGCGGACUUCGACGGAGACGAAAUGAACCUGCACGUUCCACAAUCGAUGGAGACGCGUGCGGAAGUCGAGAACAUUCAUGUGACACCGCGUCAGAUUAUCACUCCGCAGGCAAACAAACCCGUCAUGGGUAUCGUGCAGGAUACGCUGACAGCUGUUAGAAAAAUGACAAAACGUGACGUCUUCAUAGAGAAGGAACAGAUGAUGAAUAUUCUCAUGUUCUUGCCGAGUUGGGAUGGAAAAAUGCCGCAGCCUUGCAUUCUAAAGCCAAAACCUCUGUGGACGGGAAAACAGAUAUUCUCAUUGAUUAUUCCCGGAAACGUGAACAUGAUCCGGACUCACAGUACACAUCCUGACGAGGAAGACGAAGGUCCUUACAAGUGGAUUUCACCGGGAGAUACAAAAGUAAUGGUAGAGCACGGUGAAUUGGUUAUGGGCAUUCUGUGUAAGAAGACUUUGGGAACUUCCGCCGGAUCUUUGCUUCACAUUUGUAUGCUCGAGCUUGGACAUGAUGUUUGCGGCCGAUUUUACGGAAAUAUUCAGACUGUAAUUAACAACUGGCUUCUAUUGGAGGGACAUUCUAUCGGUAUCGGUGACACCAUUGCUGACCCUCAGACCUAUUUGGAGAUUCAGAAAGCCAUUAAGAAAGCCAAAGAAGACGUGAUAGAAGUUAUUCAAAAGGCACACAAUAUGGAGCUGGAACCGACACCGGGUAACACACUAAGGCAGACCUUCGAAAAUCAGGUAAACAGGAUCCUGAACGACGCUCGUGAUAAGACCGGAGGCUCCGCCAAGAAGUCACUCACGGAAUACAACAAUUUGAAAGCCAUGGUGGUCUCAGGUUCCAAAGGAUCGAACAUUAAUAUCUCUCAGGUUAUCGCUUGUGUCGGUCAACAGAACGUAGAAGGUAAACGAAUUCCUUUCGGUUUUCGAAAACGCACUUUGCCACAUUUCAUCAAGGACGAUUACGGUCCCGAGUCCAGAGGAUUCGUUGAGAAUUCGUAUCUCGCCGGCCUCACGCCGUCCGAAUUUUAUUUUCACGCGAUGGGAGGUCGCGAAGGUCUCAUCGAUACCGCCGUAAAGACUGCCGAGACUGGAUACAUUCAACGUCGUCUGAUAAAGGCUAUGGAGUCAGUGAUGGUGCACUACGAUGGAACCGUAAGGAAUUCUGUCGGCCAACUCAUUCAAUUGCGUUAUGGCGAGGACGGUCUGUGCGGCGAGACCGUUGAAUUCCAAAAUUUACCAACUAUUAAGUUGAGCAACAAAGCAUUUGAGAAGAAAUUCAAAUUUGAUCCAACCAACGAGCGCUACCUUCGACGUAUCUUCAGCGAGGACAUCGUUCGCGAGAUGAUGGGGUCCGGAGAAGUCAUCUCGGAAUUGGAACGAGAGUGGGAACAGUUGAACAAGGAUCGUGCAGUUCUUCGUGAAAUUUUCCCAAGUGGGGAAUCGAAGGUCGUACUUCCCUGCAACUUGCAGAGAAUGAUUUGGAACGUGCAAAAGAUUUUCCACAUCAACAAGAGGGCUCCCACGGACUUGAGUCCAAUGCGUGUCAUACAGGGUGUCAAGGAUCUGCUGGAAAAGUGCAUCAUCGUGGCUGGUGAGGACAGACUGAGUAAGCAGGCCAAUGAGAACGCUACUCUUUUAUUCCAGUGUCUAGUGAGAUCCACUCUCUGCACCAAGUGCGUCUCCGAGGAAUUCCGAUUAUCCAGUGAAGCAUUCGAGUGGCUCAUCGGAGAGAUUGAAACAAGAUUCCAGCAAGCACAGGUGUCGCCAGGAGAAAUGGUGGGUGCCUUGGCAGCUCAAUCUCUUGGUGAGCCUGCCACCCAGAUGACACUCAACACUUUCCACUUUGCUGGUGUCUCGUCGAAGAACGUAACAUUGGGUGUACCCAGGCUCAAGGAAAUCAUAAAUAUUAGUAAGAAACCUAAGGCCCCAUCACUUACUGUCUUCCUAACUGGCGCCGCUGCCAGAGACGCUGAAAAAGCGAAGAACGUUCUCUGUCGUCUGGAACACACGACCCUGAGGAAAGUGACAGCCAACACGGCCAUCUAUUAUGAUCCGGAUCCGCAGAAUACUGUCAUUGCGGAAGAUCAGGAAUUCGUAAAUGUUUACUACGAGAUGCCCGACUUUGAUCCUACGAAGAUAUCGCCUUGGCUUCUGCGUAUAGAAUUGGAUCGUAAGAGGAUGACUGAUAAGAAAUUGACUAUGGAGCAAAUUGCGGAAAAAAUCAAUGCCGGUUUCGGUGAUGACUUGAACUGUAUAUUUAAUGACGAUAACGCUGAGAAGUUGGUAUUGCGUAUCAGAAUAAUGAACAGCGAUGACACCAAAUUCCAAGAUACAGAAGAAGAAACGGUUGACAAGAUGGAGGAUGACAUGUUUCUGAGAUGUAUCGAAGCUAAUAUGUUGAGUGACAUGACGCUUCAAGGUAUCGAGGCUAUCGGCAAAGUCUACAUGCAUUUGCCACAGACAGAUGCAAAGAAGCGAAUCGUCAUUACCGACACUGGAGAGUUUAAAGCUAUUGCCGAAUGGCUAUUAGAAACUGAUGGAACCAGCUUGAUGAAAGUUUUGAGCGAACGCGACGUUGAUCCGGUGAGAACCUUCAGCAACGACAUUUGCGAGAUAUUCCAAGUACUGGGAAUCGAGGCUGUACGAAAAUCCGUGGAGAAGGAAAUGAAUGCUGUCUUACAGUUCUACGGUCUUUACGUAAAUUAUCGACAUCUUGCUUUGCUUUGUGACGUUAUGACUGCUAAAGGUCAUCUUAUGGCUAUCACACGUCACGGAAUCAACAGGCAGGACACAGGAGCGCUUAUGAGAUGUUCUUUCGAGGAAACUGUCGACGUUUUAUUAGACGCUGCGUCUCACGCAGAAGUUGAUCCAAUGAGAGGCGUUUCCGAGAACAUCAUUAUGGGACAAUUACCACGAAUUGGAACAGGGUGCUUUGAUUUGUUACUGGACGCUGAGAAAUGUAAGGCGGGUAUUGAAAUACCAAUGGCCGUCGGUGCUGGAGUUAUGGGUGGUGCUGGAAUGUUCUUCGGUAAUGCCCAAACGCCAAGCAUGAGUCCACAAAUGACGCCAUGGAAUCAGAUGGGUGCCACGCCUGGUUACGGUGCAUCUAGUAUGUCUCCGGCUUUGGGUAGCGGUAUGACACCUGGCGGUGCCUGCUUUUCGCCUUCCGGGGCAUCGGAUGCCUCUGGAUUGUCUCCAGCAUAUUCAGCCUAUUCGCCGCAGCCGGGAAGUCCUGGAAGUCCAGGACCAAGUAUGAGUCCAUAUCCAAUGUCGCCAGCGGGUGGUGCAUCUCCGAGCUAUUCGCCGACCUCGCCGGCUUUUCUGCCCACAUCGCCGAGUAUGACACCAUCGAGUCCGAACUAUUCACCUACCAGUCCCACCUAUUCACCUACAAGUCCAAACUACUCACCUACGAGUCCUAGCUACUCGCCAACGAGUCCUAGCUACUCUCCUACGAGUCCCAGUUAUUCUCCAACGAGUCCCAGCUAUUCUCCCACGAGUCCAAGUUACUCACCGACGAGUCCAAGUUACUCGCCAACCAGUCCAAGCUAUUCUCCAACGAGUCCAAGUUACUCACCGACAAGUCCUAGUUACUCGCCGACGAGUCCAAGCUACUCACCCACGAGUCCAAGCUACUCGCCUACGAGUCCUAGCUAUUCGCCUACAAGUCCUAGUUAUUCUCCGACGAGUCCUAGUUACUCGCCUACAAGUCCGAGCUAUUCACCAACGAGUCCGAGCUAUUCGCCAAGUUCACCAAAUUACACUCCGGCCUCGCCAUCUUACUCGCCUACCAGUCCAUCGUAUUCGCCAAGUUCUCCACAGUACUCACCUGCAAGUCCAAGCUACUCGCCAAGUAGUCCGAAAUAUUCACCGACGAGUCCGAGCUACUCGCCCACAUCUCCUUCAUUCGCUAGUACUUCACCACAGUACACACCAGCCAGUCCAACGUACUCUCCAACGAGUCCAACAUAUUCUCCGACAAGUCCAUCGUACUCGCCUAGCUCACCGCAACACACGGCAGCAGGAAGUACGAGAUACUCGCCAAGUAGUCCCAACUACUCACCAACAAGUCCCACGUAUUCGCCAUCCAGUCCUCAGUACUCACCAUCAAGUACAAAGUACUCGCCAACCAGUCCCACAUAUACACCAACAAGUCCAAAUUACUCUCCGACUAGUCCGACUUAUUCACCACCUGUCCCAGGCUAUUCACCGACUAGUCCUACCUAUUCGCCAGCCUCACCAGCCUACGAAACAGAUGAUUAAGCUUCGCCCGAGGAGAAGCGUCUUAUUGUUUCCCGGGAGUAUUACCAUCCACGUAUCAACUUUACUAUUUUAAGUUCACAUUUUCUAUUGUUAAGAUUAGAAAAGUGUAAAAUUGCUCUAUUGUUAAGUCACGAUACAUUUCCAAUAUAAAAUUUUGUAAACCAAGAUAACGAAUGUACUAAAUAUAAUAGCAUGUAAGAUAUUUAA